GGGAACACAAAAAAUGUAACAGCCGGUGAAGUUGAGGAGCUGUUUAUUUUGACUGGUGAACACAUUAAAGCGUGUGAAAUGGAGCUGCAGGAAAAGAUACCGGUGCCUGUAUUUACAGAAGUAGACAGGGACGUUUUUCUGCGAGAGAUCUGUCCUGAGCGCAGACCAGCCGUGCUGAGAGGCGUGAGUCUCGGACCGUGCCUGGAGAAGUGGACGGUGGAAUAUCUGGCACAGAGAGGAGGAGACAAGGAAGUGAAGAUCCAUGUGUCCACAGUACCACAGAUGGACUUCCUUCACAAAAACUUUGUAUACAGGACUCUGCCUUUCAACGAAUUUGUGAAAAGGGCAUCUGAGAAAAAACACUCUGACUUUUUCCUGUGUGAGGAUGAGAGCUAUUACCUUCGAUCACUGGGAGAGGACGUCCGGAAGGAACCUGCUGAUCUGAACAAACAGUUCCCAGACUUGGCGGAGGAUUUUCACAUCCCACACUUCUUUGAACCUGAUCAGUUUUUCUCCAGUGUCUUCCGGAUCAGCUCCUGUGGUCUGCAGCUGUGGACACACUACGAUGUGAUGGAUAACCUGCUGGCUCAGGUGACGGGGGUGAAGAGAGUGGUCCUGUACAGCCCCCAGGAUGCAUUGCACCUCUACCUGUCAGGUGAUAAAUCAGAGGUUCUGGACAUUGAUGCCCCAGAUCUGAAACAGUUCCCGGACUUUGUGAAGGCAAAGCGGUACGAGUGUGUUCUGGAGCCCGGAGAUCUGCUGUUUAUCCCUGCGCUGUGGUUCCAUAACACCACUGCUCUGCUGUUUGGUGUGGGUGUUAACGUGUUCUGGCGCCACCUACCUGCUGACAGCUAUGACAAAAAGGACCCUUACGGUAACAAAGACCCAGUGGCUGCAACUCGAGCCCUUCAGGCACUGGAGAGGGCACUGCACACUCUGGAUGAACUUCCGGCAGAUUAUCGGGACUUUUACGGGCGGCGUAUGAUUCAUCUCAUCCAAAAGCGGACAUUCUGUGACAGUACACAGGAGGAGUCUGACAGUACAUUACCCAGCAGGCAAUUCACCAAACCUGGAUGAGUCUGCAGAGGAACCAAAUAAAAUAUUUAAGAAGAGUGUGUCAUGUUUUGUAUUGUAUUGUUAAUGUGACUUUCUGACUGAUCUUAUAGUUGAGGAAAAUGUCCAGCCCAGUUUGCUGCUGAG